GUACUCAGACAGCAUGCUGGCUGUGCACUUUGACCAGCACGGCGGCCCAGAAACCCUCUACCUGAAGGAGGUCGCCAAGCCGAGCCCCGGAGAAGGUGAAGUCCUCCUGAAGGUGGCGGCCAGCGCCCUGAACAGGGCGGACUUACUCCAGAGACAGGGCCGGUAUCCCCCACCCCAAGGAGCCAGCAGCAUUUUGGGACUUGAAGCAUCAGGACAUGUGGCAGAGCUGGGGCCUGGCUGCCAGGGACACUGGAAGAUUGGGGACUCAUGCAUGGCUCUACUGUCAGGUGGAGGACAGGCUCAGUAUGUCACCAUCCCUGAAGAGCUGCUAAUGCCCAUCCCUGAGGGACUGACUCUGUUUCAGGCUGCAGCCAUCCCAGAGGCCUGGCUCACUGCCUUCCAGCUGUUACAUUUUGUGGGACAUGUUCAGGCUGGAGACUCUGUGCUAAUCCAUGCAGGAUCAAGUGGUGUGGGCACAGCUGCCAUCCAACUAGCUCGGAUGGCUGGUGCUAUUCCUCUGGUCACAGCUGGCUCCCAGCACAAACUUCAAAUGACAAUAAAGCUUGGGGCAGCUGCUGGAUUCAAUUACAAAGAAGAAGAUUUUUCUGAAGCCACUCUGAAAUUCACCAAAGGUGUUGGAGUCAACCUUAUUUUAGACUGCAUAGGUGGAUCUUACUGGGAGAAGAAUGUCAACUGCCUGGCUGUUGAUGGUCGAUGGAUUCUCUAUGGUCUGAUGGGAGGAGCUGAUGUCAGUGGACCCCUGUUUUCAAAACUGCUUUUUAAACGAGGAAGUCUGAUUGCUAGCCUACUGAGAUCUAGGGACAAAAAGUACAAGCAAACGCUGGUGAAAGCUUUCACGGAGCAAAUUCUGCCCCAUUUCUCCAAGGAGGACCCCCAAUGUCUGCUGCCGGUUGUGGACAGAAUCUACCCUAUGGCUGAAAUCCAAGCGGCCCAUGGGUACAUGGAGUCUAACAGGAACCUGGGCAAAAUCAUCCUGGAGCUGCCCCAGUGAAGGAAGAGGGGACAGCACAGGUCUCGGACAUCCCAGCCCUCCCAGGUCCCUCCUCGUUAAUAGGUCGGUGUAAAGAUGGUCUAAGGAAAUAAAAUAUGGACUUGAAAAGUGGCACGUUCACUGUGGGGCGGGGUGAGGUGUGAGUCAGGUCGAUCAGCUGACCCUCAAUCCGAGGCUCAUGCCACUACGCGGUUCCGGUUACACCUCACCGUCGGCCACCACACAAACAACCAAUCCCUGAAGACU